GGAGAAUGGCUCUUUCACAAACACCGUGCGAGCACAACACAGAAGAGGGCCCCAUUAAUUAAAAUAUGUGGUGAUAACGAAACUUGCUGAUUUAUACGUGUUGAAUUCGCGGGGCAAACGGUGCAAUAAAACAGGACGUUUAAAGAGGAAAAUGCUGGAAGAUCACGUUCAACCAUAAGUGCUACAAGAAAAUUAAUUAAAAAAGCAGAGCAAUUUUUCGCGGCCAGUCCACAACAAAGCAGCAAUUAAAAAAUCAAUCACAAUUCUAAUUGAAAGCUGGGGAGACAGUGGCAGAGGCAGAGGUAGGGCUAGGCAAUAUGUCACCCCCUAAGAACUGUGCUGUGUGCGGCGACAAGGCGCUUGGGUAUAAUUUCAAUGCUGUUACUUGCGAAAGCUGCAAGGCGUUCUUUAGACGCAAUGCGCUGGCUAAAAAGCAGUUCACCUGCCCAUUUAAUCAGAACUGCGAGAUUACCGUGGUCACCCGCCGUUUCUGCCAGAAGUGCCGUCUGAAAAAGUGCCUGGACAUUGGCAUGAAAAGCGAGAACAUUAUGUCCGAGGAGGACAAGUUAAUCAAGCGUCGAAAGAUAGAAAACAAUCGCGCCAAGCGUCGCAUGAUGGAGCAUGGCGGAUCCGAUGCGGACGCAGAUGCGGAUGACAGCAAAGUAGCUGGUGCUGUCGCCGAUAGCAGCUGUAAUUUGGACAUGUAUGGUGGCUCGCAAGAUUCCCAAAGCUGUGGUUCACCUGACAGUGGCGCCAAUGCCAAUGGUAUUCCCAUGGGACCCACUAGCUCAACCACAAACAAACCACCGACUGACCGGCUGGCGGAAACUAACCCGCUAUUAAUGACUGCCGAUAAAUUAGUUGAUGAGAUAGUAGCUGAUCCAGAUCGCGCAUGCCAAGCUAUCAAUAGGCUUAUGCGUACCCAAAAGGAAGCUAUCUCAGUUAUGGCGAAAAUAAUUGAAUCACAAAAAGAUGCCUUAAAGCUUGUGUCACACUUAAUCGACUAUCCAGGUGACGCACUCAAAAUCAUAAGCAAAAUUAUGAACUCGCCCUUCAACGCUUUAACAGUAUUCACCAAGUUUAUGAGCUCACCGACGGAUGGCCUUGAGAUCAUUUCUAAGAUUGUUGAUUCGCCCAAAGAUGUGGUCGAGUUUAUGCAGAAUCUGAUGAGGUCCCCGGAGAAUGCCAUUGACAUAAUGAACAAAUUUAUGAACACACCUGCUGAGGCUCUUAAAAUGCUAAACCGCAUCUUCAAUGGCACAAACACGACAACAGAAACUGGUCGGAAGCCAAUACAGGUUGAGGCCAACGAUUCUGAGGAGCCAGAGUUGGGCCAUUUCCAACAAUGCGAAAAACCGUCUCAAAAUGUCCGCGUUGAUACUGUUAUUCAAACAAUGCUGCACGGCAGUCCAUCAGGGAGCAGCAUAAGCAGCAUAAACACAGGAGAAACUGUAGUCACCUCGCCAUUAAGCAGCAUUGCCAGCCCAGCCAGUAAUAAUAUUCCCAUUGACUUGCACUAUCAGUCACCCAGUACGAACCAUAUGCCGGACGAGCUGCCCAGCACAUCGGGUAGCCAUCCUUUGCCUUAUAUAGUCAAUUCGCCAGAUUUCGAUGUGAAAAGCUUAAAUCAGCCCGGCUAUGAUGAGUUCAGCGUGGAUGGGAGCGUCAGCAUCAAUUCGAUAGAGUCUGUGCUCUCAGAAGUGAUACGUCUCGAGUAUCAGGCAUUCAACAGUUUACAGACGCCUGCUUCUCGCAUUAAAGAUGAAAUGUAUCAUGAUGCUGGCAUGCCGUCGUCCUAUAUGGGCCAGUCGUACGGUGGCUGCAAGGCAUCCAGACAGCAUCAUCUACAGCAACAGCAGCCCAUUUGCGCACCCUCGAGCGUAUUUAUGGAGCGCGACCUGAACGAGGCUGAGCAAAUGAAGCUGCGCGAACUGCGACUCGCCAGCGAGGCCCUCUACGAUCCAGUUGAUGAAGAUCUCAGUGCCUUGAUGAUGAACGACGAGCGCAUUAAGCCCGACGAUGCGAGACAAAGUCCAAAGCUGCUACAACUCAUCAAUUUGACGGCGGUGGCUAUAAAGCGUCUUAUUAAGAUGGCCAAGAAGAUCAGUGCAUUCCGUGACAUGUGCCAAGAGGAUCAGGUGGCAUUGCUCAAAGGUGGCUGCACCGAAAUGAUGAUAAUGCGUUCAGUGAUUAUUUAUGACAACGAUCGAUGUGCCUGGAAGGUGCCGCAUACCAAAGAGAAUAUGGCCAAUAUACGCACCGAUCUAUUAAAGUUUGCCAAAGGGAAUGUCUAUGAAGAGCAUCAAAAGUUCAUAACCACCUUUGAUGAGAAGUGGCGCAUGGAUGAAAACAUUAUUCUUAUAAUGUGUGCCAUUGUGCUUUUUACACCGGCGCGGGCGCGUUUAAUUCACAAGGACGCCAUUAGGCUGGACCAAAAUUCCUAUUAUUAUCUUCUGCGAAGAUAUCUGGAGAGCGUGUAUCCAGGCUGUGAAGCAAAGAAUGCGUUUAUUCGAUUGAUACAAAAGAUUUCAGAUGUGGAGCGUCUGAAUAAAUUCAUGAUCAAUGUUUACCUAAAUGUGAAUCCUUCCCAGGUGGAACCUUUAUUGCGCGAAAUAUUUGAUUUGAAAAAUCACUGAGACAAAUUUGGAAUUGGGCAUCAAAUGCCAUAUAGGAUAAUCGCUGUGCCGCUGUUGUUGUUGUUGUUUCUAUAGUCUAUCAGCUGCAAUUUGUUUUUGUUUUUCGCUUUUAAAGUUAGAUUUAAAUCAAAUGUGAUUGUUAGAUUUGCAUAUAACACGUAGUUUUUAUAUUUCUACAUCAAAGAGAGUAUAUUUUAGGUACAAAAUGCAAAGCAAAAUAUAAACAAAUGUACACAUUUUAGUUUUCAAUAAACUAUAUUUAAAGCCACAAAA